UCCCAGUAAUCACUCCUUGUAUUAUGUUCUUUUCAAAAAUUGUUCCCUGUACCUUUUUGCCUUCAAUUUUAUGUAUUUUGGCAGCUUUUUGUUGUUUUUUUCCAUUUUUGCUAAAUAUCAUUAAUGAUCAUUAAUUACUUUGCACUUUUGACAUCCCCUACCAGUUUACUGCUUUAGUUAACUAAAUUGACCAAAUGAAGCACCAUCUUGAUCCAGCUUCCAGAAUAACUUCUAUUCUUCGAUACUAUCUCUAUCUUCAGCUCAACUUUGCUAAAUAUCUGUACAUUCCGACAUAGACAUUCACAGUCUGGCCACACCCAAAGCACCUCCAAAGGGACAACACGCUUUGGUGCGUCCGCCUUCAGAUAAAACCAAGACAUUUACACUGAAGAUUUGCUUGAUAAGUCUGUGUGUGCUGACUGGCUGAGGACAUCAUUUGGGUAUUUGAGGGAUUCUCGACUGUAGUUUAGUAACGUUAUAGAAAAAUAGAUAUAACUUAAUUUGAAACGCAAAAAUGACGGAAGAUCAUGACUGGGACGAAGAUUUGGAAGAAGCAGACGCCGCGAUAGCAAGAGUCUUCCAGCACUUGAAUGUCCACAAACAGCAUACUGAUGAAUCAGGUCGUAAUUCUGAAGUACGGCCAUCAAAUGAAAGAGUGGACUUCGUUGCAUUGCCCUGUGGUCAUCGAAUGCCGACAGACUAUGUUGUUGCUUGGUUCAAGUAUUAUCUUAAACAGAAAAAGACUGCGUUUUCUUGCCCUCGCAAAUCCUGCAGUGUGAAUCUCUCUUAUCAGGACAUCUGUCAGCUGAUACCACUGACAGACAAACAAAGGGAAUUCCUUGAGGAGAAUCUCGCUCUACUUGUUGCUAGAAGACUGUUUGACUUUAAAGCCUGUCCCGGAUGUCAGUCUAACGUGGAAAGACGAGAUCGAGGUAACCUGUGUGUAAACUGCACUAUCUGCACGGCCAACCUGAAACGAAAUUACUACUUCUGCUGGAACUGCCGCAGGGAAUGGAAGGGGCCGACCAAUAAUGCUGUGCGGUGUGAAAAUAAUAACUGUGGACAGAGAGUGAGAACUUCAGAUCCACUUACACCAUGCACGCCUGAGUUUAAAAAGAAAAUGCUUCAAGAAAAGGGAGAUGAUAUAUACCCAGUAAAAGACAAAUCCACGGACAGGAAACGUUUGGCACUGCUUAUCAACAAUGUCGAAUUUAGAAACUUAAAUGACAGGGCUGGGGCAGACAAGGAUGAGGUGAAUAUGGAGGUGCUGCUUAAAGCUCUGGGUUACACUGUGAUCACACUCAGAGACCUCAGUGCACAGGGUAUGCAUGCUGCCUUGCGAGACUUCGCCCAGCGAGAGGAACACGUUAAAUCGGACAGCUGCUUUGUGGUGUUGAUGUCCCAUGGAGACUCCCGUGGAAUCUGUGGGGUUUUUGACUCUUUCGAUAAUGAAGAUGAAGAAGACGUUCUUCAAGCAGAUGAAAUUUUUAAUAGCUUGAACACUCCAAACUGUGCUGGAUUGCUGGACAAGCCAAAAAUCAUCCUCAUCCAGGCGUGUAGGGGUGAGCCUCAUCCAUUUCAAGCACCAAUCUUUGCCAAAUGCCCUCAUAUUAUAGAUGAAGAAGGCAGUGUGUAUGUCCAGGACGCUGUGCCGACACGCAAAAGAGCAAAAGAGCACCGUGAAAAAGACUUCUGCUGCCUGAGAUCCUGUACUCCAGAUACUGUGUCCUACAGAAACCAAGAGAGAGGCUCACAUUUCAUCCAAAACAUUGUGGAAAUAUUUAAUCAGGAUGCCCACCAGGACGACAUCGAGGAGCUCUUCAGAAAGGUCAUUAAGAAGUUUAAGAUGUUGCAUCCUUGUCAGAUGCCAUGCAAGGAAAGAGCAACAUUAUCUAAGAGAUUCUACCUCUUCCCUGGCUUGUAGGACACAGGAACCACAACUUCUGACUUCAUUGACAUGAGUUAUGCGCCUCUUUAUUGUCAUCUCAGGAAUUCAUGUUUAGAGAAAACAAUGAUUUUGCACAUUCAUAUAAUCCUUGAUUGAAAGUAAACAGAUUUAGCUUGUCAUCCAGCUUGAAACUUGACUUAUAAAAAGAAUAUUUUACAAAUAAAGUUAAAAACAGUUGAUUAAAGGAUGGGCAAACUAAUGAGCUAGUUCUGUUAUACUUAAGUAAUGUUCUCCAUGUUAAACUAUACUAUUUUCCUACAAUUUAUUUGAAAAGAAAAAAGAGGAUUCCCGUAUUGAAAUAUAAUGACCAUCAAAUCAAGAAAAUGAAUGUGGAUGUACUUUACUGUGAACAUGAUGUAUUAAAUCUUUAUUCAUUUUAUUUACUGCUUUGUUCAGUUUGUUUAGAUUAUAAAUACAUUCUGAACCGUUCACAUGCCAUUACAUGAUUUAAUGUUGACCUGUUAGUUUGCUAGAUCUGAUGGCUUAGAUAUCAUUUCUUGUAACCACUCAGCUGUAAAGGUUUGAUUUCCUGUAAUGUGAAACUGAAACCAGCAACAACUGUGAUCCCUGAAAAACAUGUCUGUUGCAGUAAAGCCUGGAGGUGUGUGUUAUAUGUCUUUGAAAUCACACAGAUGGAAUGAGGCUUUGAUGCAGUAUGCUACAAUUUAAUAAAAAAUCUCAAAUAUACCAUGCACCUGAAUAAGAGUUUGUCUAAACUCACUAAACAGUUGCUGGUAUUAUGGUAUUUUGUAAAACAGCCAUGUUUUUAGUUUAAUUUCGUUAUUUAUUUAUUUUUAUUUUCAUUCAUUUUUGUUUAAACGGACAGUAAUUCUCAAUGUUGUAGCCUACGUUAUAUUCCAUGUGCAGGUGUUUCCGUUUUAA